GUUAUUAUAUACAUGUAUUUGUGUAUUGUGUACACUUAUGUCUUGAUUUAAGAAAAUUAACAUGAUUAAUUUUUUUGCAGAGGGGGCCCCCUUGGGGCGCCACUGCUGAGAAAAAAGUUUUUGUUCCCCCAUGACCUGUUUCCUCUGAGAACUAGCUGUCCUAUGUGCUCGGGUUCGGUUCGGUUCUGGUCCCCUCGUGUCACAGCUGUACUAGAACCUGAUCUGAAUGUGCCUGUACGAACUGGAACGAUCUGAACCGGGUUCGGUUCUGGAUCCCACAGAAUGGUUGGUCAGCUCUUUCCGCCCUCCCGCUUCUGAGCGGUUGUCAUGGUGACCGGGUUCCCGCUGCUGGUCGCGCGCCGCAGUGAGUCGGAGGGAUGGUGAGUCACCGCGAGCUGCUCCGACGAAUACGGUACCAGCCGCUAUUGACAACAGAACCAGAACCCCUAGACAAACCGAACCGCUGGCACCGACACCGGGACCGCCGGCGGUCUGCUGUCCGGCUGACCGCGGCCGAAAUCCGCAGUGACGUCACAUAUAGCGGUGUGUCGCGGGGACAUUAAUCAGGACACACUGUUGCUGAGCGCGAGGCCACAGCUGCAGCCAGCGGAACCGGUUCCGUCAGACCCAAAACCGCUGGAUCCCCUUCAACCUUCAGGACCACAGGAACUGUUGAUGCUGAAGGCCAACAUGUUGCUGCAACCACCGGAAGCCUGCAGCAACCAAAACCAUCGGAGCAACUGAGACCAGAACCAGCGGACCAACCGGAACCAGCGGAGUCCAGAACCCCCUGAGACUGAGACCUUCAGCAUCUCCACAGGCCAGCAGAUGGACGUCUGGCCUCCUGGUUGGACGGAUGAACAUCCGCGCUCUGACUGAUCAGCUCAGCUGGCCUCAACCUCAAACAAUGACCAGUAAGAUGAACCAGCUGAUGGAGGCAGAACUUGGCCAGGAGAUUGAAGGCAAGGUUCAGACCUGGGCUCAGUCUCUGGUCUACACCGUGGAGGAACUGGAGUGUAAGAUCUGCUACAACCGAUACAACACUCGGAGCCGGAAACCCAAGCUGCUGGGCUGCCUGCACCGGGUCUGCGCCAAGUGUCUCAAGAAGAUGGUGGACAUGGAAUCUUCACCAACCGUCAUCAGCUGCCCAUUCUGCCGCCACGAGACCUACGUCCCUGAUGAGGAGGUGUGGCUGAUGGAAGACGACCGGCACAUCAUGGCGGUUCUGUCCUGUCAGGACAGAGCCCAGCAGGAGGGAUCAGAAGUUAAAGAUGGCGGCGGUUCAGAGGUGGUGUUGACUCCCACUGCUCUGAAAGCAGCAGCCAGAGGGACGGACACGUCCCUCCGGUCCUCGGACUGCCUGGUGAUCACCAUCAUGGAGUUGCCAGACGACUCCCCGUCCUCGGACUCGGUCAGCAUGAUCAAUGUGGUCGGUUUGUACCGGCCGCCCAGCCUGGACUCGCUGCCCUGCAGCUUUCCCUCGCAGAAGUGUCGCGCCUGGACGUCCCGCAGCUUUCCACGCUGCCUGCUGGGGGCGCUGUGUAUGGUGUACUUCAGCUCGCUGCCGCUGGGGAUCUACCUGCUGAUGAUGGGCCAGCUGCUGCUGGGCGUGGUUCUCGUCAGCCUGGUGCCGUCCACGCUGCUGCUGCUCGUUCUCUACGGAUUCUGCCAGUGCAUCUGUCACGAGGUGAGGGAGGUGAUCGCUGCGCGCAGGCUGCCAUGACGACGACGAAGGCCGCUGCCAUGGCAACAAGGACACCGGAGCGGCGAAGCCACAGAACCUCCAGACCUGAACACUCAGCUGAUUCCUGAUUGGCGGAGGCGGUAAAGGCCCCCUCCUCUUUUGAGCACCAGCAUCACUUUCUUGGCCAAAACAGAGACGGACCAGAAGUUUCAUCCUCAGCCAGAGAGGGACAGGCUGGAAACUCCUGUUAGCAUGUUGCUAAUGACAUGCUGUGUAACAAUCUGUAUGUAAAUAUGUAAUUCUGUUCAUCAGUGAACCUUCUGACAGCCCAUCAGCCAGUAACCGCCAGGAAUAUCCCCAGUUUAACAAAAUAAUCCAAAACAUUGGGAACAUGCUAGCCUAGCCUAGCAUAUAGACUGGUGAAAAUGGAUGUUAGGCUAAUGUAGCGCAAACACAAGAAAUGUUGGUAAGUGCUAUGGGUUAGGACUGAGUUAGCAUAAGGACAGUAAAACAGGAAAGCACUAGCAUAGCUUAGCACAAGAAUAGUAAACAGAGAGAAUGUGUUUGUUGAAUUUAGCAAAAAGACUGAAAAGACAGAGAAAGGGUUAGCCUAGCUUAGCAUAAAUACUUUAAAUUAAGGUAAAGUAUUACCAUAGCUUUGCAUAAAAACUAGGAAUUAAGUGUUUUUCCAUCUUCGCAAAAUGACUAAUUGAAAGUGUUACGCUAGCUCAGUAAUUAAACUGGAAGCAAUGUGAAAGUGCUAGCUUAGCUUAGCAAAAUGACGGGAAGGGAGGGUAUUAGCCUAGCUUAGCAUGAAAAGUGGAAAUUGUUAGCCAUGGACAAAGAUAAGAAACAAAGUUAGGUAAUUUCUGUUUUUUCCUAACAUAAUGCUAAAUUCAGUUCUGUUGUCUCUGACUCCGCUGCCGCUUCCAGUGUUUGUGCUAAGCUAAGCUAACUGUAUGGAAGAAGGAAGCUCUGCAGUUAAGUGGUUUAAUUUCCUGUCAAAGUGCCAACGUUUGACUUGAUCACUUAUUAAUUGUGUGUUAAUCGUGUGUUAUCCAUGUGGCGAUUUGGACCUCGUGUCACUUCCUGUCCGUGUCGCAUGCAGACUGCCGACUUUUGUAGAAACUAAUAAAUGUAAUGGAGACAAAA